GCCCGAGCUCGAUCAGUCGUUAUCUUGGACCAGUCUCCUGUUGUUGCGUUAUACAUCGUUCAUUCGUUCCGCAGUCGUCGUUGAUCAUCCGCUGUGUUCAGUCGAUUAAUAUCGGCCCAUCUAGUAUAUUAUUAUUUAUCUAUUUAUUCGUAAAAAUGGCAAACAAUAGAGCCACCAAGUCUGGUUUCGCCGCUGAAGCGCAACGUAAAAUUAACAGCAAAUACAGUGAAGAGCUAGCACAAGAAUGUUUAGAAUGGGUGAGCAGCGUUACUGGUUUACAAUUGAACACAUCUGGCGACCCGGACAACUUCUUCGAAGUCCUUAAGGACGGACAAGUAUUGUGCCAAUUGGUAAACACUCUCAUUCCGGGAUCCGUGAAAAAAGUGAACACUAGCACAAUGGCUUUUAAGUGUAUGGAAAACAUCAAUAACUUUUUAGCUGUAGCCAUAAAUAUAGGCGUACCAUCCCAAGAAACAUUCCAAUCUGUUGAUUUGUGGGAACGUCAAAACUUAAACUCUGUGGUUAUAUGUUUACAGUCGUUGGGAAGAAAGGCUGGCCAAUUUGGUGCUCCGAGUAUUGGUCCAAAAGAAGCAGAAAAGAACAUCCGUAACUUCAGCGAAGACAAACUCAAAGCUGGUCAAACCAUCAUCAGUCUGCAAUAUGGAUCCAACAAGGGUGCAAACCAAAGUGGUCUCAACUUUGGAAACACAAGACAUAUGUAAAGACUUAUUUUAUCUUCCAUACGUUCUAUACCCAAAUUUUUACACAAAACUGAUCCAAAACAAUUUGCCAACAUUCUCGGAUUUUAUACAAAACCCUUAUAUUCCAAUGUAAUAUUAAACUUCCUACGAUACAACCAUUCCAAAAAACCAGUAUUAUUUUACGUGUAUUUAUAUAUACUUUUACUUUUGUAUUUUAUACAUGUAUACAUUUAAUUUUGGG